CACACUUUAAAAACCCUUUAAGGGAUUAUGCAGCCCACUGUUCAUUGUGUGUUAUGAGUUCUCCUACAGUGGCUGGCCUCCAAGAGAUGAGUCUGCUACAAGUAGCAGUUGAAGGAGCCAUCCUGUUAGUUCAGAGGGUAACUGGCGCUGACUGAAAAAGUCAAGAGUUUGGAUCCCGCUGACCAACAAUUAAGGAUGAAAACAAAUGCCAAAAUAUUGGUAUUUCCCAUGGAAUGGAAAUUCUGUUUUCCACCCAACUCUGCAUCUAGGGAUUUAGAUGAAAAUUGGGCAUCUAAACCCCAUAGGAACCUUUGAAUAUCUCAGCCUGAGUUGUCCAGUGCAAGUCCUAGAGACGUUUUAGAAGCUUUUGCCUUCAUCCGCAACAAUCUCUGGAGCGCCAGGAAUGAAGAACCAAAGCAUCGUGACCACAUUCAUCAUUCUGGGACUCUCCAGUAAACCCCAACUCCAGGUUCCACUCUUCAUCCUAUUCCUCUCCAUCUACAUCAUUGCCCUGCUGGGCAACUUAGUAAUCAUUGCUGCCAUCCUUUCCAGUUCCAAGCUCCACAGGCCCAUGUACUUUUUCCUCCUCCACUUGGCUGUGGUGGACAUCAUCUGCACCUCCACCAUCAUCCCCAGGAUGCUGGGGAAUCUCGUGGUUGUCAGUAAAUCUAUCUCUUACCCUAGGUGCAUGGCCCAGCUCUACUUCUUCACAUGGUCUCUGGGGGCUGAGAUGGUACUCUUCACCGUCAUGGCUUACGAUCGCUAUGCGGCCAUUUGCCACCCUUUGCGUUACAGCAUCAUGAUGAACAAGACCGUAAGUGUGGGCCUGUCUGCCCUAGUGAUAGUCAUUGCUGUGGUCAAUUCAUGGGUGCACACUGGCCUCGUGUUGCGGCUGAGCUUCUGCGGGCCCAACGUUAUCAACCACUUUUUCUGUGAAAUCCCAUCACUGCUGGCUCUCUCCUGCACCUCAGUGCAUUUAAAUGAGGUCAUGGUCUUCAUGGCGGACAUUUUCCUAGCUAUGGGGGACUUCCUGUUGACAUGUGUCUCUUAUUACUUCAUUGUCAGGGCCAUCUUGAGGAUCAAAACGGUUGAAGGGAAGAGAAAAGCCUUCUCCACCUGCUCCUCCCACCUCAUUGUGGUGUCUCUUUAUUACUCCACUGUCAUCUACACCUACAUUCGGCCAGCCUCUAGCUACUCCUUUGACAGGGACAAGAUGAUAGCCACCUUGUAUACCCUGGUGACGCCAACUCUCAAUCCUAUAGUCUACACCCUAAGGAAUAAAGAUGUCAAGAUGGCAAUCAAGAACAUGCUUCCAUACCCUGGGAAAUAGGUCACGAUGGGACAAACCUUGACUGAUUCCUUCGCAAGCCUGGAGCUCUGGUGUUUGCUUUCCUGUGGAAAUGGAACUCAGAACGAACCUUAGAAAAAGAUGCAAGGUGCAUGUUUUCAUGAAGGACUUUCUAACUGGUCAAAUGUUGAUUUCCUAAAUGGCUGAAAGUUUUGGAACCAGUUGAAACUAUGUUACAGAAGAAAAGAAAGA